CUGCGGUGCAGGCUAUAUUCAGCAUCGUGGACCAGACCCCAUCAGGUCACUAUGUUGACGCGUUGCUCUGGCCACUCACGCACUGCUCAGCGUUUUCCUGUUCCUGAAAGUCUUCUCAAGGAGGCUACUGUGCAGCCUUAUGUCCACAACUGUUUUGUGAAUGUGUGCGAAGGGAGACACAUCUAUCGAUUCUGCAUCUUCUUCAAGCGACAUCUUCGUCUCAGAGCCAACGUGCUUCUUAGCAGGGGUGAUCAUAAGUUCCAAGGCAAUGCAGUUGUU